GAAAAGUCUAGCUUCACUCUGCGUUUGAGGUAAUUUGGAAAUUCAGCUUCUGAAGUCACUUCAUCUUUGUCUUCCCAAGAGGUGGAUUUAAAUUCAUUAAAAGGAUGUGGAAAGAAUGGAGACCGGUAAGGUGGUGACUAACAAGCAGAGAUGGUAAAGCAGCAACAUUAUGACUUUUUUUCUGCCCUGUGGCCUCACCUGUUGAUAAGGACUGGACCAUGGUUUAAGUGGCGGUAUUUUAUUGACAGUGUGUUACAUCUUCUGACUUUGAAGGAUAUCUCAUGUUGAAGGAAUUGAGUUAUGAUACGUAGAGGAUUCACUUGGAAUACCUCGGGGUGCUGACUGAGGGUGGCGAAAUGCUUACUGAGACAUGAAGACUGUAUCCACCGUUUUCAUCCUUGGGAGCCUGGUGUUGGCCAUGUAUCUGCCUUUGGUGGUGACUUUACCUAAAACACUGGCCAUCCCUGAGAAGCUGCAAGAAGCUGUAGGCAAAGUAAUUGUCAAUGCCACAACUUGUACUGUCACCUGUGGCCUUGGCUAUAAGGAGGAGACUGUCUGUGAGGUAGGCCCUGAUGGCGUGAGAAGGAAAUGUAAAUCUCAGCGCUUGGAAUGUCUGACCAACUGGAUCUGUGGAAUGCUCCAUUUCACCGUUCUCAUAGGGAAGGAAUUUGAGCUGAGCUGUCUGAGUUCAGACAUCCUGGAGAUUGGGAAGGAGGCUUUCCGGUUUACUUGGAGACUUGCUCGGGGUAUUAUCUCAACUGAUGAUGAAGUCUUCAAGCCCUUCCGAGCUAGUUCCCACUUUGUGAAGUUUCAGUCUACUCAGGAGUAUGACUCUGGGACCUACCGGUGUGAUGUGCAGCUGUUAAAAAACUUGAGACUCGUCAAGAGGCUCUAUUUCGGGCUGAGGGUUCUUCCUCCUAACUUGGUGAACCUGAAUUUCCAUCAGUCCCUUACUGAGGAGCAGAAGUUAGUAGAUGAGGGCCUGGAAGUGAAUCUGGAUAACUAUUCCAGGCCCCACCGUCCACCGUGGGAAAAGAAGGUGGCAAUAGCCUUGGGAGUAGGAGUUGCCAGUGGAGUGACUGGCACUGUGUUGGUGAGCAUCAUCUUGUACAGUGGGCUGAGGGUGACCUACAGCAGUGCCAGCCUUAAGACCUUACAGGCCUGGCUCCCGAAGGACUGGCUAUUCAGGAAGCCAAGCUAGUUUUUCAGGGGAGUGUCCUGGCUGCCUGAUUGUGGAUCGGCGGAGAUGGAGGGCUUCCAUUGCCAAAAGAGUGGAAGAUGUGUAGAGAGGCAACACUGGCAGCUGUGGGCAAUAAUCUCUUCUUUGUUUCCCAGAUGGAUCUCUUCCUGAUCUUCCCUGCCCACUAGGUACCCAGGAAAGCUGGCUGCAGACAUCUCUCGACUGCUGGGAAGAGUUCUUCCCCAGCUUUCAUUCAUUUUCUACCUUUUACAGCUUGUAUGCCUCCCCACCUCCUCCUCUCCUUAGCAUAAUCAUGUAGAAGGAUAUAUUAAUAGUUGUUUUAGUGAAAAUAUUUUUUCCACUUCAAUAAAAAUAAUUGACAGCUGUAUGGCGACCUAACCUUUUCUGCUCUUUAGUUAAAAAUGUCUUGCAUUUGUUUAAAUUGUCUCAUAAUCAAUCUGGCUUUUAUUUUCCUCAAGUUUCUUAGAAAAGACAUUGAACAAAUUGUUUUGUAGUGAGGGCAUAUACCCAUGUGUGCCAAAGCUGAAGUGAUUAGUAAUGACAACUGACUCAGUAUAUAACAGAUCGUCACUAAAUGUUAAUUGACCUGCCCCUCCCCGUACUCCCCAGGUGAACCCUCUGUGUUCAGUGUUAAAUUGAUUCCUGGCAAAACACUGAAAUCUUCGUCUGGUAGGUUUCCCCUGAACAGUUCCUUGGCUCGCUCCCUGCUUCUGU